GGGUUCCAAAUUUAGAUCAGUUAUUAGUGCACUUUCAGCUGUAAAACUAUACUUUGCUUCUCCUCUAGCAAUAUGACAGAGAAUCUAGAUUCAACACGUCAACUCAUCCUUGGCAAGUAUGUGUUAAGAUCUCCUUUGAUGAAAAUUCGGAAUGAAAGGACAAGAAAACGAUCAACAUCUGAAUCUUCAGGAAUUUCAUCUAGGAUAUACAAAUCUAACCUAGGUGAUCACAGAGUUGAAUUAUCCAGAAGUCAUUCUAACUUGACUGUGAAGGAUGACUUCAAGGAUGUAGCUAAUUUUGAGGAAACUGUAACAAAAUCAAAAUCAGCAGUAGGGAUUGAAGAAUUUGCUGGGAUCCCCAAGGAGAACAAGUUUAACAACUUCAAACAGAAACUUAUCCAGCAAAGUCCAAGAUGCCUCAGGAAGUUGGGUACUCGAGGUACUCUAUCUAGACCUAAACAUGAAAAUGAUAGGAAACUCUCUAGUUCGUUAUCUGAUCUAAAUAGUCCUUCUCUCUCUAGAUCGGGAAAAUAUGUCCCUGUCUUAUCAAAUGCCUCUUCAGUCCAUAGUUUAUCUCCAUUAAUAAAAGUUCAGAAUGGACGGACAAGAAAACGAUCUACAUCUGAAUCCUCAUGCAUAUCAUCAAGAAUAUUUCAAUCUAGCAUAGAUGAUCAUAGGUUUGGGCUGUCCAGAAGUCAUCACUGCUUUGAUAAAGACGAAGAUGAAGACUUCAAGAUAUUUGAUGAAUUUUUCCGUGCAAAACAAAAUGAAACUGAGACAAAAUUGGAAUCAGGAGCAGGGUUUGAUGAACUCUCUGGAAACCCCAAGGAGAACAAAUUCAAACAUAAACUGGUCUUCAGAAAGUUUGGUAUUCUUUCUUCGCCUAAACAAGAAAAAAGAAGAAAACGUUCUAGUUCACUAUCCGAUUUAAACAACCCUUCGAUAUCAGGAUUGGGUUUUACAAGAUUUUAUCUUGAUGUACCCGACAUUACUUUGGACCAUGGUGUAACUGACCGAUUAGAGUUAUCACAAUUACCACAGGUUCUGAAAAAGAGCAUCAGCAAACUUGAAAUAUUAGCUCAAGAGUGCGAGGCUAUGAACGUACAUUUAAGCAGCAUAGUGGCCGAAGAACAGAAUCUACUGCAAACUGCUAAUGAUCAUGGAUCUGAAGAUCUACGCAGAAUUGGAUACCUAAACCUAUCUGCCCAAACAGAUAUUCAGCGUGCCCGGCUAGCCUACCAUGAUUAUAAAUGUACGAUCCAGGAAUUUGAUCGACUAAUGAAUAACGAAGAACGCAUGAUACUUGAGAAGGCUAUAGAGCUUGGCAUAGAAAGCCAGUGUAUGUUUACUAAAGUUCCCUCUCAUGCAAUUGAGAGGAUGAGAAGGAAUUCAAAUUCUGAAAUAGAGUCAAACUAUUUGUAAUCUAU